UCGUUAUUUCGCUUGGCGUUAUUUCGCGGGCGACAAAGCGAAAAGACGAAAUGUCAUAUAUCAGCCACCAUAGACUACACGGAGGUACACAGACAACAGAGACCGAUCCUAACACUUGAGAUUACCGGAAUAAACUUCUAACCAAUCUUCAACUCUUGUCACUCGUGUUGUGUUACACUGUAGCUAGAACACAAAACCUGAAUUUGAAAUCGUUACUCACCAGUGUUUGGAAGGGCAUUCUUCUCAGAACGACGAAACGUUCUUUUACUCGCUAGGCGAAAGUCACAUGCGCCUAUAGCUAUCUUCACCGGAAACCAAGGACCGGACGAUCGGUUCCGGAUCGAGACUACCUGAACAAUAAUAUAUAUAUCUGUAUAUGGUUACUACGAAUGCAGAUUGAAACUGUCAACAUGGCAGCGUCUAUCGAACGUGUUAUUUGUCGAGUGGAGUCUAGGAUAAUUGUGUUGGUGCAGAGAACAUGUAACUUUUGUACGGCCACUCAGGUCGGAGUUUCUGGGGUUUGGACACAGAAAAUUGACCAUAACCUCGAACUGCGCGCUAUGAAGAAAGAUGGCGUCGUACAACACGCGCGCCCUUUGAUGUUGUUGUUUGGGUGGAUGGGUGCCAAGCGGAAACAUAUGCAGAAAUACGAGGAAUACUAUCUUAACAGGGGCUACACUGUGCUGACUGUCUCGAGUUCUCCUAUUGAUAUUCUAAAACCAGUAAGAGCUCAGGGAAUAGCCAGCAAGAUUCUCAACCAUAUUGAUGACAGAUCACGGAACGUUGGUAGACAGCCAAUUCUCCUGCACGGGUUUUCAGUGGGAGGGUAUUUGAUCGCCGAAUUCCAUGUAAAAUUAAACUCCGAGAAGACCAUAGCACGUGAUCUGAUUGUAGCGCAGGUACUUGAUAGUCCAGUUGACUUCGACGGUAUUCCAAAAGGAUUUUCGACAGCUCUGACCAACAAUCCAGCCCUUCGGUUUUUAAUUAGGAAUUCACUACAUCUAUACAUGAACAUGUUUAGGACGAGCGUUUUAGAGUUUCACAAAGCCUCUGAAGCUUUCAAAUAUAACAAGUACUGCGUUCCUUCGUUGUUUCUAUACUCCAAAGCAGAUCCGGUCGCUACCCUAGAGACAGUGGAGGGGUUUAUAAACGGGUUCGACCAGAGGAAGAUACCUGUACAGAGUAAGUGCUGGCACGACUCACCUCACGUGAGCCAUUACUAUUAUUACCCUAGAGAGUACACUGACAUCCUCACGUCAUUCCUAGAUACGUAUACACCCGGUACUGCCGAUAUCGAAGGUCGCCAGGACCCAGAUGAAGAUGAAGGUCAGCGUAAGAUGGUGGUAUGACAUGUUUUGCAAUAGAAAUAACUAUGUUCGCCAUAAACCGAGUCAAAGACGUUCAUGGUUAUUCUUCGGUGAUGUAUCAAUGUUACAUUUUGAAUGCGAUUUCUGGGCUAUGUCUUCAUGUCUACAUAUUUUAUAGUCAUAUUAACUUUAGUUUAAUGAAACACGUCCGUAGUCAGAAACUGCUACAUAAAUUAUGACAAUAUGGUAAUAGAUACAGAGUGCCAAAGUUAAUUACACCACACCAUCCGCUGGGGCGCCAUUUAAAGAUCCAUCGGUGAUGCUUGGACUAGAAAUAGUCUCAAUUUCUUUUAUUUCAACCAAAUUAUGUUCCCAGUCAGAAAUUGUAACCGCAAUAACGUAUUAACAUGUUUAAAUGUAGAUCUUUCAUAACGUCAAGCGUAGCAUCACUGCAUUUUAUAUUUGUAACUAAACUACCUUACCCCCUGCUUUUAUGGCCACGUGUCUGUAAUACUGCUACAGUGAGAACAUCCUCUCGUGGUCGUGCCGUUGCAAUUUAUGAAAUUGUUGAGUUACUGUUUUGUGACAAUCAGGCACAAAUGGGGCAACAGGAGAAGAACAAAUCAGAGAACACUUAUAAUGUCUAUAUCUGUAGUCUAAUCAUUUUGAUUAAUAAAUUUUGGAAACGAAA